AAGUGGUAUUCCAAUGUAGAGAUGAAGGACCGCUAAGAGCAAAAGUGGUGUGGAGAAGGCCAAAUGGACAACCUCUACCUCCAGGAUCAGUUGACAGAAAUGGCCAAUUGGAAAUCCCUAAUAUAAAAGUACAAGAUAGUGGAACUUAUCUGUGUGUUGCUUCUGGUUACCCACCGCAAACACCUGGAGCCCAAGUUUCUGUAGAAUUAAUAGUUAGCAGAUGGGAACCACCACCUACUCUUCGCCCUCCAACAGCGUGCCAACUUCAUCAGGCAACAUGUUCAAAUGGAGACUGCAUAGACAAAAAUAAAGUGUGCGAUGGGAUUUUUGAUUGUAUAGAUGGAUCGGAUGAAAAUAGAUGCAAUGCCAAUGGAUGUGAACCCAAUGAAUAUCAAUGUAAUAACAAAAAAUGUAUAUUGAAGACUUGGAGAUGUGAUUCAGACAAUGAUUGUGGUGAUGGUUCUGAUGAAAUUGAUUGUGGAACAAAUCCUCCUGGUGCUGUUUGCCAAUACCACCAAUUUUCUUGUCAUUCAAAUUAUCAAUGCAUCCCAAAGAGUUAUCACUGUGAUGUUGAGAGAGAUUGUAUUGAUGGUAGCGAUGAGGUUGGAUGCUCCAAACCAGUAAUUUCAAAGGCACCACCACCAAUGGUAAAUCUUCAACAGCACGAUACUCUUAUAAUAACUUGUACAGCAGUGGGCAUUCCAACACCUGAAAUAGUAUGGAGAUUAAAUCGGGGCCAUAUUCCUCCAAAAUGUAGAACCACAAGCGUUAAUGGUGUUGGUGAGUUGAUUUGUGAAGAUAUUCAAUCAGAAGACCAAGGUGCAUACUCUUGUGAAGCUAUUAAUAUCAAAGGUUCUACAUUUGCUGUUCCUGAUACAAUUGUAGUUGUACAAAAAUCAAGUCCAUGUAGAUCAGGUUACUUCAAUGAUGAUGCUAGAAGUGAGAGUGAGUGCAUUAAAUGUUUCUGCUUUGGACAUACCACUAGCUGUCAUUCUGCAGACCUCUUUAUUUACCAGUUCCAACCUCCAUUUGACACUUUGAGGCUUUUGGGUGUUCGUAUUGACCCAAGCACAGGCGUUGUGGAUAUAAGAGAUGAACCAAUCUUCAGGGGAGCAAUACCUGAGUUGACAUCACUUGGACCUAAUGGAGUCUUCAGUACUGCACCAGAUUAUGCUGAACUAAGUCAGCCUGAUGUUGUCCCAUACUUUGCUAUGCCUGAAAAUUAUCAUGGUAACCAGCUUAAGAGUUAUGGUGGAUAUUUGAGAUAUACUGUCAAACAUUCUAAUCGAGGAUAUCCAACACCUGGACCUAACGUUAUUAUAUCUGGCAAUGGAUACAUACUAUUACAUCAAUCUAGGCAGAAUCCAAUACCAAAUACUAAUCAAAACUUCGAAGUUAGAUUCUUUGAAGGUGAAUGGAUAAAGAAAUCUGAAAGGGAACCUGAAAAUAUGGCUUCACGUGAAGAAAUCAUGAUGGUUUUGGAGGAUAUUGACAAUAUAUUAAUAAAACUUCAAUAUAACGCAGGUAUUUUGAACACUAGCCUUACAAAUAUUGAAAUGGAUUCUGCUGCUGCUCCAAAUAGUGGAUUGGGUGCAGCAAGUUUUGUUGAGGAGUGUACUUGUCCAGUUGGUUAUGCCGGAUAUUCCUGUGAGAAAUGUGCUGAUGGCUAUGUACGACAACGAUCAGGUCCAUGGUUAGGGCAGUGUUACAAAGAACCUAUAUCUUGCCCACCAGGCACAUAUUUUGAUGGUAGAGAUUGCCAAGUGUGCCCGUGCCCACUAACAAAUCCAAGUAAUCAGUUUGGUAGAACAUGUCAGCUUAGUUCUAAUGGGGAAGUAAUUUGUAAUUGUCAGCUUGGUUAUGUAGGUGAUCGUUGUCAAUAUUGUGCUCCAGGUUAUAAUGGUAAUCCUCUGAUACCAGGUGAUUCAUGUAGAUAUACACCGCCUACAGAUGUUUGUCAUGCAGAUGGUUCAACUGGACUAGACAGCAGUGGUAGAUGCCGGUGUAAAGAUCUAACCGAAGGCCCAACUUGUGACCGUUGCAGACCUAACACAUUCCAUUUAAGUGACAAAAAUAGAUUCGGGUGUAUAGCGUGUUUCUGUAUGGGGAUUACUUCUAAUUGUACUAGUUCAAACUGGUAUAGAGAUCAGAUAUCAAAUGAGUUUACCAGUUCACUCAAUGAGUUUAAGCUGAUAGAUAAUCAAAAUAGGGAAGUUCCAAUCGAGCAAGGAAUUAGACUAAACCAGGGAUCUCGUGAAAUCGUUUACAGUGAUUUCACUUCACCCAAUGUGUAUUACUGGUCUCUGCCUCCACGCUAUUUGGGCAAUAAAGUAUUCUCUUAUGGUGGCUAUCUUCGAUAUACAUUAAGGCAUACACCAGUGCCUGGUGGGCAAAGUUCUAGAAAUUCUGCUGCUGAUGUUGAACUAGUCGGUAAAAAUCAAUACAAUCUACUAUUUUUCAAUCGAAAUCAAACUUAUCCUACCAGUGGUUCACAAACGUUCGUUGUACCUCUUCUAGAACAAUAUUGGCAGAGGUUUGAUGGAAAUAAUGUUGACAGAGAAAAUCUUCUCAUGGCAUUGGCCGACUUGGAAGCUAUAUAUAUUAAAGCAACAUAUUAUACAAAUACCAAAGAAGCAGCACUGAUAUCUGUAUCACUUGACAUUGCGAAUGAACGCAAUACUGGACAAGAAAGAGCUUUAGAAGUUGAACAGUGCCUUUGUCCUUCUGGAUACGCAGGACUGUCAUGUGAGGAUUGUGACGUAGGAUUUACUCGAAAUAAUGAAGGAAUAUAUCUUGGACUCUGUGAACCAUGUAAUUGCCAUGGACAUUCAAAGCAUUGUGAUCCUGAUACUGGUGUAUGCUUUAAUUGCCGAGAUUUCACUACCGGUGAUAACUGUGAACGAUGUUUACCGGAUUAUAAAGGCGAUCCAGUUAAUGGAAUACCAUGUGUCUAUCAAGGAACUCAACUCCCAUGUAACUGUGACCCAAGAGGCUCAGUUUCUAAUGAUUGCAGAAAUGGUCGAUGUGAUUGUAAGGUUAACGUAGAAGGAAAUAACUGUGAUCGCUGCCGUAGUGGUGCCUUUGGAUUAAGUGCUGAUAACAUUGAUGGUUGUGAAUUCUGUUUUUGCUCUGGAGUAGCAAGUGAAUGUAGAGAAAGUAAUUUAUUUUUCGAACAAAUUCCAAAACCAUUUACUGAAGGUCAUGGAUAUACUUUAACUGAUCAAUUGGGCCGGUCAAGAAUCACUGACAAAUUCAAUGUAAAUGGGUUCUUCACUGAAAUUAGUUACAAUUUCCUACCUAGUCAAAGAGAGAGGUGGUUCUGGUCCCUGCCUAGCAUAUUUACUGGCAACAAAAUUAAAUCCUACGGAGGCAAACUGGAGUUUAUCCAAAGAUAUACCCAACGUCCAGAAGCUGUAUAUGUUCCACAUCAGGAUGUAAUCAUCAUUGGUAACGGAAUUACUAUCUAUUGGAGCAACCCUGUAGAAUUAAGGGAUGAUAUUGCCAAUCCUGUGUCCAUCCCACUCCAUCCAAGUACCAACUGGUUCCGUGUAGAGCAGGCAGGUGGAUUAAAACCAGCCUCCCGAGAAGACAUUCUUAUGGUUCUUGCUAAUAUCGACUCCAUCUUAAUUAGAGCCACACAAUCAAGCGAUACCAGUACAGCGUAUCUCAGUGAUGUAACUUUAGAAACUGCUGUCGAGCAGUAUACUGGAAGACCUAGAGCUACUACUGUUGAAUUCUGUCAGUGUCCGGUUGGAUAUCGUGGAUCAUCCUGUGAAUCCUGUUCUCCAGGGUACUAUAAAGACUUCUAUUACGGUUUGUCUAGGCCAUUAGGUUCCUGUCUAUUAUGUCCAUGUAAUAACAGAUCAUCAAGUUGUGAAGUGGGAUCAGACAAUAAAGUUAUUUGCAAUUGUUUAGAUGGUUAUUAUGGAGAAAGGUGUGAAACUAAAGAACCGAUCACAACAACAUUACCUCCACCAGGCCCCUCCCCUGAUGCACCAACUAUUGAUAUUAAAAUUAUUGAUCACGACAUCAGCAUAUAUGAAACUGGCAGUACUGUAAGGUACAACUGUACAGCAACAUCCCGAGUAGCCCCUAGGACUGUGAGAAUAAGGUGGAGUAAAGCCGACGGAGAAUUACCAUCCCGUGCUAUUGACGAUGGAAGAGGUUUAUUAGUCAUAACUGAUGUAAAAAUAAGUGACUCUGGAAGUUACGUGUGUCAAGCAACUGAUGGCUUUACUGUUGUAUCACAGACUGUUAAUGUCAUUGUAGGAGGACCUGAAGAUCAACGGCCUAGGAUAGCACUCUCUACUUCAUAUAUUGAGGUAAAGGAAGGUGAACCAAUUGAAGUGACAUGUGCUGCUAGAGGUAUUCCUUCUCCAGAUCUUCGACUUAUUAGAUUGGAUAAUCGACCACUGAAUCCUAUGCAACGUUUCGAAAAUGGAAUUUUCAGAAUUGAUCGAGCAACGUCAGCUGACCAAGGAGAUUAUGAAUGCAUUGCUACUAAUAGAGCAGGAACUACUUCUGCCAGGUUCCAGGUUACUGUGCUUUCAGACUUAUCUAAAGUUGGUGUAGAUAUACAACCUACAUAUUAUACUGGAGAGACUGGUGACACAGUAAUGUUCAGAUGUAGGACUACUGAAGAUAUACAAAGCUUGAGAUGGUCUAAGCAAGGUGGCCAACUUCCAUACGAUUCCAGGGAGGACAGAGGCAUGUUAACCAUUCCUAAUGCUGGUGUAGAGGAUUCUGGAGUUUACAUCUGCACCGCUACGGCAUACUCUGGUACAAGAAACAGCAGUAGAGUAACAGUUACAAUUAGAGAAGGAAAUGGCGGGAGUGUACAUCCGACCGCAAAGGUGUCUCCUGAGAGAGUGACUGUGUCACAAGGACAAUCUACAGAAAUCCAUUGUACUGCAACUGGUGUUCCUUUCCCAUCAGUAAAAUGGACGAGACUUGGAGGAGAAUUGAGUAGUAAUAUGGAACAAGUUGGAUCUACUUUGUAUAUCAGAAAUGCACGAAUGGAAGACAGAGGAGUAUACGUUUGCGUAUCCACUAACAUCCUCGGACUUGAGCAGGCAUCUUCAAUGGUAGAAGUGACUCGUGGAGCAGAAUUUCCACGAAUUGAAAUAUACCCAUCUAAUCAGCAAACAGUUGUUAUUGGGAAUAGUGCCAUAUUACAGUGUAGACCAAUAUCAGGAUAUCCAUCACCAACAAUUACUUGGGCUAGAGGAAACAGACUUCCUUUCAGUCCAAAUGUUGAGCAAAUGUCUGAAGGAACUUUAAGGUUUAUACAAAUUACAACUAGUGAAGAAGGAGAAUACAUUUGUUCUGCCACAAAUGAAGCCGGAACUGUUACUGGAUCAGCAAAUAUCAUAGUUCAAACUCCUCCAAGAAUAGAAAUUGUACCAGAUCAAAAUGUUAUUGAAAAGAAUGAGGGCGAGCAUCUACGUCUGGAGUGCCACGGAACUGGUAACCCACAGCCAAAUGUUAUUUGGUCCAAGUAUAACUAUGAAGAAUCAAAUUUGUACAAUUUACAGUCACCUUCAGGAAGACAAUUACAAACUUCAGCAUAUCAAGAAUUCUUCAGUCUUAAUAAAGAAGAUGCAGGUUUAUACAUAUGUAAAGCUGAAAGCAGUGCUGGAGCUGAUGAAAAAAGAAUUGAAUUAGUAGUCAACACUUUACCAAGAUAUGGUGGAGAUAUUACUGAACGCCCUUAUUAUCCAGGUGAAGAUGCAACUUCUGGAACUCCCGGUGGUGGAUACAGACACAAUGAACGACCGCGACCACCUUUUGAUACACCAAGUUAUGACCAAAAAUUCUCUGCUCCAGUAGGAACUCGUGCAGAAAUAAGAUGCCGCCUUAGUAACCAAGAUGGGUCACGUAUCAGAGUGCAAUGGAUUCGCGCAGACAACUCUUCACUUCCUCGAGAAGCAUACGAAUCAAGUGGCACUCUUUAUAUUGAAAAUGUACAACCAUCGGCAGCUGGCGAAUAUCAGUGUUUAGGAGUCAAUCAUUCAGGAAAGGUCGAAUUCCGCAUUAGAACUUAUCUGGAUGUUAUAUCUCCGCCAAGAAUAACCCUUAAUCCACCAAAACAAGUAGUACAUCCAGGGGAACACGCUUAUAUCAAUUGUAGUGCAACUGGUCAGCAGCCCAUAAGCAUUUCAUGGUCACCAAUCGGACGUGAUAUGCCUACUUCCGUUUACACAAGAGAUGGUAUUAUUCGUUUCAGCAACAUUCAACUUCAAGAUGCUGGAACAUACCGAUGCAAAGCAGUUAAUAGUGCUGGUGAAGCUGAUGCCGUAGCUGACGUCAUUGUUGAAGAAAAUUAUUCAAGACCUGCAAUUACUGCAGAUCAGAAACAGCAAAUUGCUCCUAUAGGUUCAUCAGUUACUCUUCAUUGUCGUGCUACCAACCAACCAAGUUCAAUUAGGUGGAUUAGAGAAAAUCUACCACUUCCAAGAAGCUCGAAAGUAAAUGGGGAAUUUCUUUAUAUUUAUAAUGUCCAAAGAGAAGAUCAAGGUAGAUACUACUGUGAAAUUACAACAGGCACAGGAACGUCAAGUGACUACAUUGAUUUGCAGUUGUCUGAACCUGAAGAAAAAUGUCAACCUGGAUGGUGGAGUUGUGACAAUAGACAUUGUAUACCACAGUCACAGUAUUGUGAUACAAUCGAUGACUGUGGUGAUAAUAGCGACGAAAAGGAUUGUCAGCACAGGAUACGACGGGGUCCAACUCAACCGGAGCCUACGUUACACAUAACCCCACCUGAAAGUGAACACUUUUCUGGAGAAAGCAUUGAUAUCAACUGUCAAUCCAAUGAACCUGGUGCAAUACCUAGCUGGUCGAAAAUACAAGGAUGGAUGGCGAAUAAUGUGGAAAACGCUGGAGGAAGUUUGCGGAUACGUAACUUACGUUCAGAAAAUGCUGGCAUAUAUCGAUGUGAGGCCACUGGCCGUCAAGGAGUUUAUUACAAGGAUUAUAACUUACAUGUCACUGAUGAUGAAAUUAAAGAUGAAGCACCUAUUGAAGUAAAAAGUGUACAAAGAGGAUCCAGUGUUAUUCUAGAAUGUAAAACUGACUUAGCAGAGCCUGUCACAUAUCUAUGGACUAAACAAGGAGGAAGCCUUCCACAAUAUGUUGAUGUUUACAGUAAAGAAAUUCAGUUAAAUGAUGUGGGAAGCAUUGACGCUGGAACUUAUACAUGUUCAGCUAGCAGUGGUGUUAGAUCUACCACUGUACCAAUUAUACUUGUAGUAACUGGCAUUGUUCCAUAUUUCACACAAGCACCUAACAGUUACAUCACACUUCCAGCAUUGGGUGAUUCUUACAUUCAGUUUAACUUUGAAGUAUCCGUCAGACCUGAAAGGGGAAAUGGUUUGAUUUUAUACAACGGCAACAAGGGAAAUGACAGAAGUGGAGAUUACAUUGCUCUGUCGCUAGUCAAUGGAAUACCUGAAUUCAAAUAUAACUUGGGCCAGAGUACCACUGUGGUGAGAGCAGAUCGAUCAAUUACUAAUCAGGAGUGGCAUACUAUUAAGAUAGUAAGAAACAGGAAGAAAGUAACAAUGUAUGUAGAUGGCCAAGGACCUUAUAUCGGAACUGCAGAUGGAAAAUUCAUUGGAUUGGAUUUGACCGAACAUUUAUAUUUAGGAGGUGUCCCAGAUCCAUAUAAUAUCUCUCCUGAAGUGUUUGGAAAUAAUCGGUAUGAUGGAUAUGUCGGUUGUAUUGGACGUUUUAAGAUUGGCCAUGUUUUUGAAGACAUUUUACGUAACAAUAAAAAUAUGACCGGUAUAACUACUUGUGAAUCUUGUAGUGAAAGGUUAUGUCAAAAUAAAGGUGCCUGUCAAGAAGCUUUAUCUAAAGAAGGUUAUGUUUGCAUCUGUCCGUCUGGUUUCAGUGGACCCAAUUGUAACAGAUUAAAGGGAGAGGCUUGUUCACCACAUGCUUGUGGUGUUGGCAGAUGUAUUGAUACUGAAAACAGUUUUGAAUGUCAAUGUCCAUUAGGCCGAUCAGGUCGAAGAUGUGAGCGAGAAAUAACUAUCAAUGAACCAGCCUUUAAAAAUGGUGCUUACAUAGCCUAUCCAGCGCCUCGUCCUGCCAGACGAUUGAAAAUCGAUCUUAAAAUUAAACCUUCUGAUAUUGCCGAUGGAGUUUUGCUUUACUGUAGUGAGACAGAAGAAGGCCAUGGUGACUUUAUUAGUUUGGCGAUUCGAGACAGACACCUAGAAUUUAGGUUUGAUGCCGGAAACGGAGUAACUGUAAUUAGGCAUAAUGAAGAGCUGGUACCUGGUCAAAUGCAUUUAAUUACAGCCAGCAGAACAUUAAGUGAUGGUAGGUUAAUGGUUGAUGGAGGUGCACCUUCAGUAGGGCGGUUGGGUGGUAACCAUAAAACUCUAAAUCUUCAAACCCCAUUGUACAUAGGUGGCUAUGACAAGCACCAUGUCAGAAUUAAUGACGGCGUCAAGGUUUAUUCUGGCUUCAAUGGAUGUAUAUCAAAUGUCAGUGUUUCUGGUUUAGAAAUCAAUAUAAUUCAGAAUGUAACAGAUUCCUCCAAUGUAGAAGAUUGUAGUAGUGAGGAUGAUGAUAAUAACUUUCCACCUGAAUAUGCGCAUGAAAACACUCUGAAGCCACUGUCUUACAACAGCAAACAAACUGGAUGUUCCAGUAGUCCCUGUUUAAAUCAAGGAAUUUGUUACCCCUUAACGCCCACAGACUAUACGUGCACUUGCUCGCCAAGAUUCACUGGCAGAAACUGCGAGAAUUCUCUAAAUCUGUGUGAGCAGUUGCCAUGCCAGAAUCAAGGUGUUUGUAAAGAUAAUAACACACACUACACAUGUGACUGUUUACUAGGAUUUACAGGAGUUAAUUGCGAACAAAGAACUGAAUUAAGAAAUGAUGCACACUUUGACGGCAAUGGGUAUUUAGAAUUUAAUAGAGAUUUACUAUCCCAUGAGAAUGAUGAUGAGACUGAAAUUAUAGCACUUGAACUAUCAACCAAUUCAUCAAAUGGGGUGAUCUUCUGGCAUGGACAGAAACCUAAUGAAGACGGUCAAGGGCAAGAUUAUAUAUCAUUAGCACUGGAAAAUGGCUAUUUGGAAUACAGCUUUGACCUUGGCAUGGGACCUGCUAUAAUACAGAACCGUCAAAAAAAAGUAGAUGAUGGUGAAAGGCAUAGUGUUAUAUUAAAACGGACAGGAAGAAAAGGUUCUAUAGAAAUCGACAACACUUGGACAGAAGAAGGUGAAGCUGAUGGAUUCGUCAACUCUAUGAAUACGAAUGGAAAUAUUUACAUCGGUGGCACACCAAACAUUACACGAAUGACAGGAAGUAGAUUUACACAGGGCUUUAAUGGUUGCAUACAUGGAUUUGAGGUGCAAAACUCGCAGAGGUUGGACUUGGGAAUGAAGGCCAUUAAUGGAUUAAAUGUUAAACCAUGUUCUAGCUCAUUGGACCGUUUCAACAACAUUUGGGGGGAUGACGGUUUGAUAAACUGAUGAGGAUUAAUUAAAGUUAAAUCUCAAAUAAAUCAAUCCUAAGUUAUAGGUAUAAUUAUUGUAAACUUAUUUUUAUUUGUCCAAUUUAGUGUUCACUACGUUUGUGUUCAUUACCUUGAAAAGACCAUUCUGCUUAAUGUUGAGUUAAUUUUGACAUUUUUUAAUUUUCUACUCUACAUUAGCUGUAUUUCAGUCUUUUGUGCUUUCUAUGUUAUUGUUAUAAGCUUUAAUUUGCUUGAAAUACAGCUUGUAUUAUUUUUAAACUGCCAUUUUUCGGGUCGUUUACUUUUUUAUAUGUCUUUUUAUAUAUUUUCUUAAAUGUAUAUUAAACAAAUUUGUGCCAUUUUAGAAAUAGAUUUAGCAGAAAUUGAUUGUUAUAAUUAAACGCAGAAUUUACAGUCCAACUUUGUAAUUUUAUUAAAUUAAUAUUCCCCAAUAGAUAAUUUUUUAUGGUGCUAUUAAUAUAUUAGAAAAUAUAUUUUAU